AUUUUUCCAACAGGCUCUUCUUCAAGCAAACGAUGUAGUUUCACACGACGUUUAUGGAGAUGAAGCUUUUCGUGUUACCCCACCACCCAUUUUCUCUUAUCUGAAUGGUGACGAUGAGGAAGACCUUGAAGCUGACCUUGAAGCAGAUGGCGCUAGCACGGGUCGCCGAGGUCCUGAUGCAAGCACUCAGGAGGGCGGAGGCACUGGUAGUGGAUCUGGUGGUGAGGUAGACCACCAAGUGACCAGGGUGCGCUUAGUCCAGUUUCAAAAGAAAACUGAAGAACCAAUGGUGAGUUUCAACAUAGACGCUAGUUGCCUAAGCGUUGAAAUAAUGGACCAUUAA